AUGGUGAAGGUGGAGGUUCUGGAUGGCAGGACCAGGCAACAGCUUUGUUUUCUAGAUAAGGUGGAGCCCCAUGCUACAAUAGGAGAAAUCAAGAGUCUUUUUCACAAGUCAUAUCAACAGUUGUAUCCAGCCAGACAGGACCUCAAGCUCGACCCCAAAGGAAAAUCACUGAGGGAUGACGAUGUAUUACAAAAUCUACCAGUUGGGACCACAGCAACCAUAUAUUUUAAGGACCUGGGUCCACAGGUCGGGUGGACAAUGGUGUUUUUAGCGGAGUACAUUGGUCCUCUGUUUAUCUACCUCCUGUUCUACUUCCGAGCUCCGUACAUCUACUCACAGCAGGAUGUGUUCACCUCCAGCCCCUACUCAGUGGUCACACUAGCCUGUGCCUGUCACACCUGCCACUACAUCAAGAGGUUGAUUGAGACUAUCUUUGUGCACCGGUUCUCCCAUGGUACCAUGCCUCUCAGGACUAUAGUCAGGAACUGUGUAUAUUACUGGGCCUUCUCGGCAUGGUUGGCCUUCUACAUCAACCAUCCACUCUAUACACCUCCAUCGUAUGGGGAUAUGCAAGUGAACUAUGCACUGGCCAUAUUUGUGCUCUGUGAGUUAGGGAAUUUCUCCAUUCACGUGGCCCUGAAUAACCUCAAGGCAGAAGGUGGGCCCAAGUGCAGAAAGUUCCCUCACCCGACGAAGAACCCAUUCACAUGGCUGUUCUUCUUCGUGUCCUGCCCCAAUUAUACCUACGAGGUAGGAGCCUGGGCGAGUUUCUCUGUCAUGACCCAGUGUCUACCAGUGGCCUUGUUCACCUUCUUAGCUUUCAUCCAGAUGACCAUCUGGGCCAAAGGGAAGCAUAAAACUUACUCCAGGGAGUUUAAGGACUACCCUCACCUGCGCAUGCCAAUCAUCCCGCUCCUCCUCUGA